AUGUCGACUCCGGCCGCAAACUUGGGAGACUUCCUUCGAGUAUUGAUGGCAGUGCAGGCUGUGCUCCUGACAUCCGGCACCCGGCACAUUCGCCUCCGCGAGCAUUUUGUCCGUGACAUGGUCAAUCGAGGUGAUAUCUCUCUCUCACACGUUGGCACAGCAGACAUGGUUGCGGACGUAUUCACCAAAGCGCUAGGCCCCAAGAUUUUUGGUACACAUUGCUAUGCUCUAGGCCUCCGGACGCGACAUCCACGGCUCAAGUCUACCUCGCGUUCGCGUGGGGGGGGGUGUGAGGAAUCCACUCUCCGCUCGGCUCAGGACUUAGGCGCGCGGAGCGAACCGGGCGCGGACUUAGGCGCGCGGAGUGAGCCGGGCGCCCCGGCCCAGGACUUAGGCGCGCGAAGCGAGCCUGGGACUUAG